AACCUAAAAAUUGUGUUGUUUAUUUUCAUAUUAAGACUUCUAUUCUGAUUUAUAAAUAUUCAUUUCCUGUAUCCUCGCUUUUAAUUAAUAAGAGAGAAAUUAAUUAUGUGUAAAAUGUGUGACAAACUCGCUUUAAUUUAUUGGAUCGUAUUAGUGGUGUUUACAGUCUCAAAAAGAUGCCAAAUCUAUUUUCCUACAAUAAAAGCAAUAUAAAUUACAUAAAAAGCAUUAUUUUGAAUAAUUAGAAGUGUAGUGAGUGAUAUUUACGUGGGAAAGUGGUAAAUAUCAAUGUGUGAUAGUGUUUGGCCUUGGAAGAUUUUGCUGUUUGGAAGUUGAGUGAAAAUACAAAAGAUACACAGGGUGACUUUAAAGAAGAUUUUGAGGAGGACCUGGUUGAAACGAAUACAGAAGAAUUCCCUGAAAUACCCGAUGACUUAAUGGUAAUAAUAAAGGAACAUGGUCUUACUGACGAUGAAUUGACCUACGAAGUGACUGAAAAUGUAGAUCCGAGCGAGGAAGUGGCCGUUUUCAUAGAGUCACGACGUGGCAAGACCAUUCUUCAGUAUAACGACCAUAGAUACCGGAAGGCUUAUAAGUCAAAACAUGGUGUCCGUUGGGUGUGCUCCAUUGACAAGAACUGCCCUGCGUUUGUUUACUUGAACGACAAUGAUGAGAUAAUAAUGUCGAACCAAGAACACACUCAUACCGCGCCCAUGCAACCAGCAAUCGAAGCUCCUAAUGACACGGCAGUGGUUAUAACGUCCAGGAAAGGCAAGGAAAUGUUACUGUUCAAACAUUACACUUACAGGAAACAAUACAACAAGGGUUCUAGGUCUCGUUGGGUUUGCUCGACGCUGAAGAACUGUCGCGCUUGCGUCUUUACAAACAACAGUAACGUCAUCACGUCGGCUUUCGAAGAACAUUGCCAUGACCCGCCGAAGUACUAUCUGAAGCCGAACCAUGUGCUCGAAGCUUUAAGAGAGCCGCUUAUAUUUGAGUCUGAUUAAUUUCGCCCUGAUUUUUCUAAGAGCCGUCUCGUUUGACCCUGGAACUUUGAUUCUCUAAAAGCAACUAAGGAAAACUUCUAUGCUUCUAUCCUUCUCUGUUACACAGAACCGUCAUUUGCUGGAGCGAGAGAGAGCGACCGCCCUCGGCAGAAUCGAAGAGGCGACAGCGUGCGGUCGCUUUCUCUUGCUAUAGAAGCAUAGGAAAGUGCUAUGAGGUCCUGCCAGAUGUGGUUAAACCCUUAUUCUCGUGGCCUAGGCUAUGACGUCAGGUCUACGCAGAGGCCGCCUUAUAAAGUGCGCUCCUCGCGUAAUCUUGUUUAUGUAAAACUGACCUGGCAUCAACGUCAAGCGCAACUUUGCUAUACGUCAAUUCCACCCAUGCAGGGCCUGCAUCACAACCGCGCGUGGCGCAAAUUAUAUCCAGAUCUUCGUCCAAUAAACGCAGCGAAUGCUAUCUACGUAGAUAGAAAUCGAGCGGCUAUUGGUCGAAGCACUCGAUAUAAUUCGUAUUGCGUGCGCUUCCCGUGCCGCGAGGGCUGAUCUCUCGAGAUAUUUCCUUAUUUCUUGUGUAGACCUACAUGUCGACUUCAAAAAGGGUUAAUUUGCACAGGCCUCCCUCUUCAUUCGGACGGUGCUCUUACAUCCCUAAAAUUUGGUAAAAUUUUGCACAAGUUGUUGUAAUUGUCACUCCAAUAAGUGCAAACUGUGAACAAUAUUAUAGGAAUGCAAUUUGUCUCUAUCUUAUACCUAGACAAUGUUACAAAUAAUUAUCAUAGUAUGUAGAGUAGAGACAUAGUAUUUUACAAAAAAAAAAAUCAAUAAAAAGUACGAAAUUGAAAAAUACUAAAUGUGUUAAGAUUUGUAAAAAUCACGUUUACUAUACCGUUUACUUAUGAUUAUUGAUCAAGUUUAUUAGAAUUAAAGUAUUCACGUACUAGAGUUAUUUUAACAGUGAAUAAUAUUUUAAGUUAUUUUUUAACAUAGCGAGUAUGAUGUAAAAUUAAGCCUUAACACUGUAUGGGAAUAAAUGAUAGUUAUUAUGUUUUAGUUUAAA